ACCUCCAUUCUUUACACUCCCCGGGAGGUGUCCCGCCACUCUACCGCCGCCGACUUGUGGGUGUCAUACCUGGGACGGGUGUAUGACCUCACCCCGCUGGCCGGCCAGUAUAAAGGUGACAUUUUGUUGAAGCCAAUAAUUGAAUCUGCUGGGAAGGAUAUCAGUCAUUGGUUCAAUCCCAAGACUGGUGAUAUCAAGACCUUCAUAGAUCCGCAAACUGGCUGCUUGAGAUACUGUACACCUCAGGGGCGUUUCCUCCAUAUAUCCCCUUCCUACCCCAGUUCUGAUUGGGACACAGACUUUGGACGCCCUUGGUGGCGGGAUCCAUCCUAUGAGAUCGGAAUCUUGUCUGCUAAAACCCGUACCGUACGUAUCAUUAAUACGCUGACAUCCCAGGAGCAUACCCUGGAGGGCUGUUCAGAGGAAACUAUAUGGGAGAUUCUGCGCCGCUAUUUGCCAUACAAUGCCCAUGCUGCCAGUUACACAUGGAAGUACUGCGGUGUUCCUCUGAACAUGGAUCUGACAUUAGAGGAAAACGGUGUGAAAGAUGAAGAUGAUGAAUUCGAGGAGCUGAAGAUAGAUUCAGACCUAUAUGCAGCCAGCAUACACUUAUACUUCAAUGAUGACUUGACUGAACUUUAA